AUGACAUCCUCCAACACCCUUCUAGAACCAAUAGCUGUUAUAGAUGUUGGUAGCGCAACAACAAUUGAUCGAUUUGAUCUUAAAUCAUUUACUGCUCAUAUGCUUAAUAUGGAUAAUAAUGGACAACUUCAUCAAAAACUUCUUCGUGAUGAUGCUGAACCAGCCAAUAUUGAUCUAUGUCAUAGAUCACUUAUAUUAAAAUUUGUUCAUUUACUUGAUGGUGAUGGAUACAGUGUUGAAAAAAUGUCAGGUACAAAAACAUCAAUGUAUACUGGAUAA